UCGGCGGCGGCGGCGGCGGCGGCGUUGGCGGCGGCGGCGGCGUUGGCGCUCGGCGCGGCCAGGUUCCCCCCUGCCCGCCACUCUCCUGCCGCCCGGUCCCAUUUGUGGCCGAGUCCCAGCUCGGGGCGGUCGCGGCGCUCGCGGAGCUCCCGGGAGUCCUCCCCCCCCCCCACCUCCAGCCCCCCUCGUGGGGGCCGCCGCACAGUCACGACGGAGCAGCCCCGGGACUGGCCGCCUCGCGCCCCCUUCGCCGCCGUGCCCUUCCCCGGCGCGCUCACCCCCUUCUCGGGAUGGGAUUGUAGCGGCGGCGCGGACUCGGCGGGCAUCGCGGCGGAGGCGGCGGCGGCGGCGGCCGAGCGGGGCUCCAUGUUUUCCCCCGGCCAGGAGGAGCACGGCUCCCCCAAUAAGGAGCCGGUGAAAUACGGGGAGCUGGUGGUACUGGGGUACAAUGGUGCUCUGCCUAAUGGAGACCGAGGACGGAGGAAAAGCAGAUUUGCUCUUUAUAAACGGCCCAAGGCUAAUGGAGUCAAACCCAGCACAGUGCACGUGAUCUCCACGCCUCAGGCAUCCAAGGCUAUCAGCUGCAAAGGUCAACACAGUAUAUCAUACACUCUGUCCAGGAAUCAGACUGUGGUGGUCGAGUACACUCAUGAUAAAGAUACAGACAUGUUUCAGGUGGGCAGAUCAACAGAAAGCCCUAUUGACUUCGUGGUUACAGACACAAUUUCUGGCAGUCAGAAUAAUGAUGAAGCCCAGAUUACACAAAGCACCAUCUCCAGGUUUGCCUGCAGGAUUGUCUGUGACAGGAAUGAGCCAUAUACAGCACGGAUAUUUGCAGCAGGAUUCGACUCUUCCAAAAACAUCUUCCUUGGAGAAAAGGCAGCAAAAUGGAAAAACCCUGAUGGCCACAUGGACGGGCUCACCACCAACGGUGUCCUGGUGAUGCAUCCAAGAGGGGGCUUCACCGAGGAGUCCCAGCCUGGCAUCUGGAGAGAGAUCUCUGUCUGUGGAGACGUCUACACCUUGCGAGAAACUAGAUCAGCUCAGCAGAGGGGAAAACUGGUGGAGAGCGAAACCAACGUUCUGCAGGACGGCUCCCUCAUCGACCUGUGUGGGGCCACUCUCCUCUGGCGAACCGCAGAUGGCCUUUUCCAUGCGCCCACUCAGAAGCACAUCGAGGCACUGCGGCAGGAGAUCAACGCAGCGCGGCCACAGUGCCCGGUGGGGCUCAACACGCUGGCCUUCCCCAGCAUCAACCGCAAAGAGGUGGUGGAGGAGAAGCAGCCCUGGGCGUACCUCAGCUGCGGCCACGUGCACGGCUACCACAACUGGGGCCACCGCAGCGACACGGAGGCCAAUGAGAGGGAGUGUCCCAUGUGCCGGACUGUGGGGCCCUACGUGCCUCUCUGGCUCGGCUGCGAGGCGGGCUUUUAUGUUGAUGCAGGACCGCCAACUCAUGCCUUUACCCCCUGUGGACAUGUGUGCUCAGAGAAGUCUGCAAAAUAUUGGUCUCAGAUCCCCCUGCCCCACGGGACUCACGCAUUCCAUGCUGCGUGCCCUUUCUGUGCCACGCAGCUGGUGGGGGAGCAGAACUGCAUCAAACUGAUCUUCCAAGGUCCAGUUGACUGAUGCCCUUGACAGCCGUCUACCACUUUAUUAACAAUUUACUGUGAAGAUUUUGCCACUAACUCUAGAUUUUACCUUUUUAUAAUCCUGUUUGUUAAGGGGUGGGGUGGGCCUGUGGCUGGGAGGAUACCCUGAGGAUAGCCGGCAGGAGUGUCGUGGCUGGCAAGGGGGCAGGGGGGUGGGGGGGUGGGGGCGCACGUUCAGUGCCUCGGCUGGACGUUGACUUCUGAUUAAAUCACACUCUUUGUGUCAUGGGAUUCCAGGCGCCCUGCUUUUGUUUUCACCUGGAAUCUUUCAGCAGGUAUUUUCCUCUGUAAGACAUGGACAAGACUCCCACUGUGUUUCCCACCAUGCAGAUGAAGUGUGCUGGAAAGUGAGCUCAGUUGUGCAGCCUUCCCCGCGGCAGCGGGCAGGGAGUUAACUGAGGGGCCAGUAGGAUCUGCAGAUCACUUGACAGAGGCUGAGACCUGACCCAGGACCAAAGGGGACAGCUCUCGGAAAUGGUACUAGAGACAGGAGGAGACCGUAGGCAGACUCAAAGCGUUAUUUUUCCAUCUGGGGCUCUUUCUGAUUUAUUUUUCUUACUUUUGGGGAGAGAGACUAUUAAGAUGUUUUCUUGUUUUCUCUUCUUUGGUGACUUAAUUAGUUUAUACACCCGUUACAAAGUACUUGGAUUUUUUUCAAGAGUUUUCCAUAACUUUUUUGUCAAUCUUUUCUUAUUUCUGUCUAAUAUGGGUUGUCCCUGAUACUCAUCUUGCAUGGCUAGAACUGUUUGGUUGGUUAGAAUGUAACAAAUCCUUAAAAUGCAUUAACUUAGGGUGGUUAUCAUAACAGUAAACAUGGCCUAGGUAGCAUACUAUGAAGUUUUUUCCUUUUUUUUUUUUUUUUGGCCUACUGAAUUCUGAGUAAAAGUAAGAUUUUACUUUUUUUGAAACUACUUCUUGUCAUUGACUAUAUAUAUAUGUGUGUGUGUGUAUAUGUAUAUACACACACAUAUAUACACAUAUGUUUGUACACAUAUAUUUUAUAUAUGUAAAGUCAUAUAUUUCAGUGACUUUAUAUAUACAUAUGUGUGUAUAUAUACAUAUAUGUAUAUGUAUAGGUAUGUAUGUAUCCUGUAAGAAAGCCAAAAUUCUGUGAGCCUAAAAGCAACAUUUCAGUCAUUUUUCUUCAUUCCCUCUCCACCAUCUGUCACCUUCUCUUGCAGCUUACAGAGCCCUGUAAGUUUUGAAAAUGUUUGCAAAUCAAACUAAAUUUAAAUGUGAUCAUUAGAUAUACACAACACCAAGUGGUACAUCUGCAGAGAUAAUUUGAAAUUCCUGAUUUCAAAAGAGCUAAUGAGUGUUUACGGAGGAAUAAUUAAAUCAGAAUUUCAUAUGAGCACCACCAUCCCUCUCUGUUAGUUCCAUUUCAUUUUGAAUAAUAAUUCUUGGAUGCUCAUUCUCUGUGCUGGGUACCAGGAGUAUCAUGGUCCCUAGAAUGGAAAGAUCCUGUACUGACAAAGCUGGCCAAGACAAAUUGGAUCCUUAUCACAUGGAGCAAGUAUUGACUUAAACUAACAUUCUCUUAUAUUGACAAUUACAGAUUUCUGCUACAUCAUUUUAGCCUUUGGAAGAAUAUAUGGUUUAUUAUAUGAUCAAAAUUGGCUUUUCCCUGUUUUGCUUGCUAGCAAAUGUUUGCCUUAUUCUCAAUUGUUCUAAACCAUUUUGAAUGUCAUUGAAGUUAUAAAAUGCAUUAUUCUUGAUUGCUGCUGCUUAAUUGGACUUAAUACUUAACAGGUUCAGCCUGUCGAUUUUAAAACAGCUUUAUUUUGCAGUGGAGAUUUUUUUUAAGAUGAGGCAUUUUGUUUUGAAAUGCUAAUGCUGGUGUGAAAACCCAGCAUUAGUCCUCUUACUCAUCUCACACUCUUCUUAUAAAGCAGAAAACUGAAGGACAAAAGUGAAAUUGUCCAGAAUAAUUUGUCAAAUAACAUUUGACUUAGCCAGAGUCUCCAGUGAUUAACUCUUUCACUAGAGAGUCUUCUUCAGCCUUAUUGAGUUCCACAAAAUGGAAAAGGAGGCACAUGGGCCCUCUGCAUCCUAUAUGGCCAGAAGAUGUUUUAAAAAAGUGGUUUGAUAUCUUAAGAGCAUCAUGUGUGGUAAUUGAUCUUAUAUCCAAAGGGCUGGAUUUUACCUAUCAAAGAAUGUUUUCUAUAAAUGAUGCUAUGGUAAAAUUUUUCCAUGUGAGGGACAUUGUUUAGUUGACCUUUGAACAACAGGUUUGAACUGUGCAGUCCACUUACCCGUGGGUAUUUCCCAUAAGUAUAUGGGGACAUAUUUUAGACAUUGGCAACAGUUUUUAAAAAAAACAACCUCAAAAAUCGUGUAGGCUAGAAAUAGUCCAAGAAGAAAGUUAGGUAAGACAUAAGUGCACAAAAUACGUGUAGAUAAUGAUCUAUUUGUUUGCUACCUUAAAUACAUACAAAUUUGUUACAAAAAGCUUAAAUUUAUCAAAAUCAUGUACACAAACCAGGCUGUACAUAGUACAAUUAGAAGGCAAGAGAAAGGCAAUCACAUGUCACAAUGCAUUACUGAAUCACACAGUGUAUAACUGUAGUGCUUACCACCCUCCAGUAGUCAUUCCAUCACCACUUCCUGUUGCUUAAGUGUGAGAGUAUCCACUGAACACAGGUGAUGUUAAGCAGCACCACAUGAGCAGCUCGUCUCCCCAAUUUGGAAAAAAAAAAGUUAUACUUGGAUUUUUGACUAUGUGGGGGUUCAACUCCCUUCAUCUGUGCUGUUCAAGGGUUGGCAGUAUAUGUCUAGUGUUUCUGCACGUGACACAUGCUCUGAAGUAGAGUUAUCUUCCAACCUGAAAAGUUCCUGAGAGAAGUCAGCCAAAAUGUCAGUUGGAUUUGGGGUUGUAAAUCUGAAGCUUUGGUACCAGUGACCCCCCUCUCUCAGCUCCACUUUGGUACCAGUGACCCCUCUCUCUCAACUCCACCUCUGUUCCUUUGACUUGCGAGUGAGGCCCUCCACCUCACUGGUGUAAAGAACCUCUGAGAGGAGCGAGGUGGCAGGUCUACAGAAAGAGGCCUUGGAAGAGGCCAAGAAGAUCCCUGAUCUGGGCUAAUGAGAUUCCCCCUAGAGAGGAGAGCAGUUUCCUUUGUGAGAAUAGAGAGCUCUAGCCCACCAACUCUCCAGUAAUACGUAUAGUUCAGAAAGGGCCCUCGUUCUCAGAGGUCACUUCAUUUUUGCCUGUCUUACUUGCCAUCAUCCCACUCAUGGGUGAUUUCCCCUCCCCCAAGUGCAUCCAUAGGAAAUUGCCCAGCACUUCUCCUGACCUCGGCCUGACCGAAAUGCCUUUUGUGAAUAUAUUUCCAGAAGGAAAGUCCCAGUGAUAUAUUCCCAUAGAUAUUUUUUUUCAGUUGUUUAUAUCAGUCUACUACAAAAAAAAAGGAAAAAAUACAAUUCCAAGUGAAUAGGACACAACUCUGAAUAUUUUUCUAGUCCAGAAUUUUUUUAUUGUUAAUAAUCGGUGCUGCCGGGUCAUGCAUGCUGCAACUCUUAACAUCCCCCUUAUUUGGUUCCACUUUUUGCAAAAAAGGGCUACAGUUCACACUGCAGAGUAAGUAUUAAGCUUUCUGGGUUUCUAGCCGUGGCCCAAAAUAAUUAAAACCUUUUAAUAUAAAUAGAAAGCAUAUUUAUCAUUCCUCAAUAGUUAAUUAUAGAGUUUGGUACCUUUGUGCCUCAGGGAAGCCACGUGAUUUAACUGGUUAUAGAAUUUCAGGGUUAGGGUUUAAAGAAAGGAGAAAGCCAUUGGGAAAAUGAUGGACUCCAUUAAGGAGACUAAUGAAUCUGGAUGUGGAAGUAUGCCAGGUACUGGCAUUCACAUGAUUGUAAUAGAAAUUUAUUUCCAGUAUCAAUAAGGAAACUAUUUUAAGUUAUUUCAUAUACUGUAUUAGGAAAGGUGAGAAUGCUUCAUAAAGCUUCAAUGUUUCUUUUUGUUUGUUUUUUGUUUUGUUUUGUUUUUGCUUACAUAGAAUUCAAACCCCUGUUAUUUGGGAGCUCAGUAUUGUCAUUUGGGCACUUUUAAAGGGCAUGUUUCUGCUUUCUAAUUUAGUGUAAGGUAAAUCACAGAGUUGUUGCCUGCAGUAGAGAAUUGUUCUAUGAUUCUUGAUCAGUUACUUUUACACUUUUACAAAGCCAUUCUAAUCUUUGGAUUUGUAUGAAAGGGUACAUGUUCAACCACCAUCAGUGCUGGUUGAAAAUCAGUUUACCCUCAUGUAGUCCUGCCUCAUACUGGUGGAACUUCUGAUGAGACAAACCCACCAAAUUUGAUUUUAAACCAGAUCCAGCUGUAUCCAUUCACUGUUCUUAUUCCCCGUAGUUUAGCUUUCCUUUGGCUAAGGGUGUGAAGUUCCUCCUUAGGUGUUGGAUAUACAGCUCAGCUCUAUUUUAUAACCCAAAGGCCAGUGCAGCAGCUUCUGACUCCCUUUUAAGAAUGUAAGCAUAUUGAAGCGUAAAACAGAAGAAGGCUCAGUGUUUCCUUUUUUACAUAAAACUUACAUCCUGUCAAGUUUUCAUCCUCAUGAAGAGUCCCUAAAAGAUCGGGAAAAGCAAAUAUUUUUUCAGUUCUACUUGUUUCUUAACAAUCUUGAUGAAAGGAAAAGUUCAUUAUUUCGCUGAGAUGACAUAUUACUUAUCUGUAUUAAAUAGUCUAGAAGUGAAGGGGGUGGUCACACUUGCCAUGUAUAGUGUUAUGAGCAGUUAAAUUUUAUGAAUAUAUUUGUAAAAUUGUUCUUUUAUAUUUCAUGUCAGAUUGAAAGUUUAUUUCUUCACUAUUGUACCUGUGGAAAUAUAAGCCAUUUUCCAGGAAAAAUCUUCAGAAACUAUUAAAAGAAUCUCAGAAUAUUUGUGAUUCUUUGUCUUUAGAUUCUAUGGUUGUUGCUGAGUUCAGCAGAAUAUUCAGUAGGAUAUUGAUACAAAGGUAUAUUUGAUUUUCACAUUUCUUAAUCUAAAUUGAUCCCCAGUGUGAAUUUAGUGUUUUUUGUUUUGCACGAUAUGUAUUUAAAUGUUGAUUCUAAAAGCCCCCUUAAUUUUUUUUUAACAAAUUCCAUUGGUGCUAUUGAAUUAUCACUUCACUGUCACAUAACUCUGAUUUCCAGAAGAAUUUUACCUGGAUUGUAGAAUUAAUGGGUUUUCUUCAAGGUUGUUACAGUCAUAUUGUUACGUUUGUGACAUUCUGCAUUCACUUUUAACUACAUACAGAUUGUAUAAGCCUUCAAGCAUUAAACUAAUAUGUCUUUCCUAAGAAAAAUUAUGUAUUUAUGACAGUUUUUUUUUCUCAUCAACUUUCCAUACCAUAAGUCCUAGUACUCUUUAGGGGAAUACAUUUUGUAUUUCCACAAAAAUAAAAACUUUUUAUGUAGGAUUUUAUU